UUUAGUCUUGGUGUUACUUCUGGUUUAGAGGCGCACAGGAGGAAGCGCGGUCCACACGCGGCUCACGGGAGCACGUCGGUGUCCGCGCAGUAACUACGGAAAGAAACGUGGUCCGCGCGUUCUCAGGUUAAUGACGAUGAUGAAGGUUUGGGAUACAUAUAUAAGAUGGGCUUCUAGGAACAGCAAACAGACAUCUUCACUGCUGGUGCGGUGCAAUGAAGGCCAUCCCUCCUUCUAUGGGGUAAAGUUAUGUGGCAGAGAAUUCAUUCGAGCUGUCAUCUUCACAUGUGGAGGAUCUCGCUGGAGGAGGAGUGUGGGAGAUACAGCUCUAACCGGAGAGGAGAACUUUGAUCCAUGGAGCACCAAUCCUAUGCCUCAAGUCUCCAGGAGCCAAGAUGCAGCACAACCAGACUUAUGGAAAACCCAGACAUCUGAGGACACAGUGGCUGCCACAGGAUUCAGUCGUUCCGCUCGCUCUCCAAUGUUGGAAGAGGUUUUGGAGGCUCUGAGAAGUGCGGACAGAAAAGGGAGAGAUGUUGUAGUGGGACUGUCCAAUGCAUGUUGCAAGUGGGGCUGCAGCAAGAGUGAAAUAAGCUCUUUAUGUUGA